CUUAUUAUAGUCUCUUGCAAACUGCCUUAGCUCCGUGUGUGCUCGGCACUGACAUUCCCUUAUGCCAGGCAGAAACAGUGCAACCGCGACAGCGCUUCUCGUAGCAAACACGUGUGCCCAGCUUCCUUAGGGAGAGGCGUGUGUGCGGGUCCCCCUCAGCAUUUGCCCAUGCUGUCACUCAACAGUUGCCCAAUAUCUUUAAUGCAGUGACCGACUCGGAUGUCCGACUCGCUGAGACAAGUUUUCCUCAGCUGGCAGCGCUGCGCUCACUGGCUGGGAAGAGGCUGAUGCCCUGCUUGGUGCGGAGCUGCUGCAGCGCUGAGUGAGGAUUUCCCGGCUGCCCUUGGGGAGCGCAGUGUGACCGGACUGUGCCACUAGCGCUACAACCCCGUCCCACUGGGGAAAAUGCACUUGCUGGAAGGAGCGCUACUUGUUCUCUACUACACUGUUUGGGCGCAGCGCGGCGCAGCUUAUGAGUCGGGACAGGGCUAUUACGACGAUCCGGAAUUUGGCGACACAAAGGAUCAGCCAGGAAGAGAACUGGAAGAGCAGCUGAGGUCAGUGUCCAGUGUGGAUGAACUAAUGACUCUCCUCUACCCCGAAUCCUGGAAAAUGUUUAAGUGCCAGCUACGACAAGGAGGCAGCACAGGAUAUGACACUAGGAGAGAAGACAGUUUUACAUUUGCGGCUGCUCAUUAUAAUUACAAUGCUGAAAUCUGGAAAAGUAUUGAAAAUGAGUGGAGAAAAACUCAGUGCAUUCCCCGGGAAGUAUGUGUGGAUGUAGGGAAAGAAUUUGGAGCACCAACAAACACCUUCUUUAAACCCCCGUGUGUAUCCGUCUACAGAUGUGGGGGUUGCUGUAACAGUGAAGGGUUGCACUGUAUGAACACCAGCUCAACUUUUGUCAGCAAAACUCUGUUUGAAAUUACAGUCCCGCUAUCUCAAGGACCAGUAAAACCAGUAACAAUUAGUUUUGCAAACCAUACAUCCUGCCGGUGCAUGUCUAAGCUGGAUGUUUACAGACAAGUUCAUUCAAUUAUUAGACGAUCCUUGCCAGCCACCCAAUUGCAAUGUCAGGUGGCAAACAAGACUUGCCCUAGAAAUCACAUUUGGAACAACCAUGUGUGCAGAUGUAUCAUGCAGCAUGACGUUGAGUUUUCACCAAGUCCAGAAGAAGAAGAUAAUGAAGAGGCAUUUAAUGAUAUAUGUGGCCCAAACAAAGAGCUUGAUGAAGAGACAUGCCAGUGUGUCUGCAAAGGUGGAUUGGUACCUUCAAGCUGUGGUCCUCAAAAAGAACUAGACAGAACAUCAUGCAAGUGUGUUUGCAAGAAUAAACUCCUUGCCAGCUCAUGUGGCCCAAACAAGCAGUACGAUGAGGAAAAAUGCCAAUGUGUGUGCAAAAGAUCCUGUCCAAAAAACCUACCAUUAAACAGUGCAAAAUGCGCCUGUGAGUGCACAGAAUCGCCAAAUAAAUGUUUCUUAAAGGGGAAAAAAUUUCAUCAUCCGACAUGCAGUUGUUACAGACCACCAUGUACAACUCGACCGAAACGUUGUGAGCAUGGCUUUUAUUACAGUGAAGAAGUCUGCCGUUGUGUUCCCACGUACUGGAAAAGACCACAUAUGAACUAGCUGAAGAAUCUGAGUGAUAGGCCGCCAAAUGCAAGGACACAUUAUUUUCUGCCUUGGAUAUAUUUCUACAUCACAGAAGCCCAUGGGGCUCUCAAGGACACACAUUGUGCUAUAUGUAUAAGUAUGGGAUGAUGCAAGUUUAAAAGCUCAGCGGAUGCUUUUGUCAUUCUACGGACACACAAAGACUUUUUCUGCCAAUGGCGAAACAGCCAAGGUUUUUCCAUGUGAUUUUUUUUUAUUAAGAUAAUGACUAUAUAAUUUAUUUCCACUAAAAUAUUUUGCAGCAUUCCUCUUUAUUACAGUAACAAUGUAAAGGUGCACUGUGACCAAUAUUUUUAUAUCAUGUAAAAUAUGUUUAAAAUAAAAAAAGACAAAACUUGUACUAUA